ACAGCGUAUUUACCAGGUAUUUACAUAUUAUCAGAUUCGCUCAAUUAUCGAAUGACUGAUAAUCUAACGGGAGAAUAUUAUCGUGGAUGUAGACUUUUCCGCCGCACCAAACCAAUUAAGAUAUCCUUUUAUAAUGAAUUUCUUACAGUUGGCCAAGAAUUUCUUAAGCCUGCAGAAGAAGGCGUAAAUAUAUGGUGGCAGAAUGCUGCAGUCUUCAGGAAGUUGUAUAUUUGAAUCGAUUCAACGGGGUGAGAUCGACCGAGUUUCCCAUUUAUUACAGCAGGAUCGGGGUGUUUUGAAACAAAAGGGUUGGGGAGGUUUCACAGCCCUCCACUUUGCUGCUCUUCAUGGAAACCGGCCAAUGGCUGAGCUUCUGCUGAACAGCGGUGCUGAUCCAAACAUUCCCUGUGAUGCAGGACAAACUCCUUUUCACUUUGCGUGCAGAAAUGGCAAUAUUUAUAUCAUGCACAAAAUGAUGCAGCACGGUGCAGACUUGCACAUAGUAGAUGAGCAAGGGAAAACGUCUCUUCAUCAUGCAGUCGGUGGAGGAAGCGUUAUUGCCACGCAGUACCUGUGGGAGACUGGAAUGUUCCGUUUCACUGAUGCCGAUAACUAUAAGGUCACUCCGCUGCAUUUGGCAGCUUCCACAGGCAAUUCUGACGUAGUCCGCUAUCUCCUUAGAGCAAAUAGAUGUGCACCAGAGGCAGUUGACCACCAGGGGGCGACAGCACUUCACGUGGCUGCAGAGAAAGGCAUGAUUGAGGUGUGCUGGCUACUGCUGAAGAGUGCCGGGCUCCACAUUUUACACAUGAAAAACCACACUGGCCUCACACCUCUAGACCUCUGUAAUCAAGGGAAUACAUUUAGACAUCAGCAGCUCUCUAGGAUUUUGACGCAUUUCAGUCAACGACCAAAAGAUCUGAUUCCUAAGGACUCAUAUGGCAUGUACUUUUGGAUGCUGCUGCUGCCGUCUCUCAGUGGGGCUGGGGUUCUCAUUAUAGCUGCAGCUCUUGGUCAAUAUGGGGCUAUCUUCUCUGCAGUGCUUUUCCCUUGUAUGGCAAAAGUCAUUCUUUCUCAAUAUCAUAGACUGAGCAGCUUUCAAAGGUUACCAAACCCUGUGUACUUGGGAACACUGACCGCGGGUGUAAUUCAUUCCACAGCUUGCUUUCUCUAUAAAUUUUUACCUAGUUUUUGGCCAGCUUAUACCCUCUUCAAUUUUUCACUUGUCCAUUUUUGUGUGUUCGUUGGACUUUUUUGGAAAGUUCUAAAUCAGAAUCCAGGACAACUCAAAGAAGCUGACACUGAUUCCCAGUUUUCCAGCAUAGGAGACUUAAUAGAAGCCGGAAAGAGACCGGACAGAUUCUGUAUUUACUGUGAGUUGAUCCAAGUGGACAACUGUAAACACUGCCGUUUGUGUGACAUGUGCAUCCAAGACUACGACCACCACUGCCUCUUCCUCAAUCAAUGUGUGGGACGGGACAACCACCGCAUCUUCAUCCUCUUCAUCAUGUCUAUGGUAAUGGCUCACCUCAUCUUCAUCCUCAGUGCCGUGUACUACCUCUGCCUGAAACUCUCAGGCUUGCAGAUGUCUGACUGGGGCUCAGUGGCGGGAAGAGAGGCCUCGGUCCUCCUGCUGACUCUGUUCAAUAUCUUCUCUCUGAUCUGGGUGGGAUGGUUGCUAGUUGAGCAGCUUGAUGCCAUUUCCAUGGGAACCACCACCUAUUUUAGGCGGUAUGACCACAAAGGGCCUUCUAAAAGACAACGGCUGGGAACAAUCCUCACUUUUCUGCUUGAAGGGAGAAGACAGGAGCACAGUCAGUCUUUCAGUAUAUAGAGACGUUUUGAAAUUCCAAGCAACAUCACAGUUUAGUCUCUUAUUGUUGUUUAUAAAGGCUGGAAUAUAUAACUUCUGUUACAUACUUCACAGUCCCGUAGUGUAUGAUGGGCUCAGAUUCAGAUUUUCUAGCUUCAGACUACAAUUUUAUCCAUUCAAAGGAUAUCAAACAUGAUUGAUAUUUUGUGCUGAUUUUAGACCAUACAUUGUUUUCAUUUCUCAUGCAUCUCCUAGCAAUGAGGUGCAUGUUUCUGCGAGAGUUAGUUUUUUUUUAAGUCAAUGCGAUCCUUAGUCGUUUAGUGUGUGAUGCCCAGUUUUGUUUUGUUUUUUAACCAUUUACAAUGUCAGCAAGUGUGUAAUGCAUAUUGUGUUAAAAACUGUUCAGAAUCUAAAAAUUGUAUAGUGCAUUCCAGCCUUAAUUUUCAGGGAAGAUUGUUAAUUUGAGACUCCCAUAGUUUGUAAAAAUAAACAAAAACAAAAAUUACAUUACCUAAAUUAUAAAUCUUCGUAAUAGUGCUUUACAUAAACAAAGGUCACUGCUGCCUUGCCUUGCCG